AUGGGUGAUAACGAACCUGAGCGGACCCGAGGGCCAAAAACCAGAGAGUAUGAUCAGGCGUUUUUGGGCCUUACGAUACUCACUCGAAUGGUGCUAAACCUCUUUUUUUGGUUCAGCGUGUUGGGACCAGUCGCUGGCGAAUGGGAAAGCACGUGGGACUGUAUUGUUGGAAACUGGGAACUGUGGACAAAAUGCAGCGUUACCUGCGGCUUAGGGAUUCGUUAUAGACGCAGAUAUCUUUUGGUCCAUCCGAAGACGAACACUACCAUCUGCCCGGCUCUUGAACAGGUUGAAAGGUGCUAUCAGCGGAGGUGCAGCAACGAGAUUGACGAGAACAAGAAAUGCGAGGGGAAGAAGGAUGGAAACUACGUUGAUGUGAACAUGACAUGUACGAACCUGUACUUUUCGUGCAGCGGCGGCGUUUACAAUGAAAGAUUUUGCCCAGCUCGACUAGUGUUCAACCCAGACUCAGACGAAUGCGACUUUCCGUGGGAAACAAGAAAUUGCUACGGUAAUAUUUCGAUAAAUCCAUGGCGAUAG